AUGACCUGCUUAAAUGUCGUUGUUAAUUGUUCAUCGCUAUCUUUAGAAUACUCUGUACUGCAGCUUCCCCGUUUGACGAGCAAGCAUUCUUUGGCUAGCGUCAGUUCUGAGAAGGUGAAAAAUCACUUCAACGUUGGCACAAUCGGGCACAUCGACCAUGGAAAAACGACCCUUACGUCAGCUAUCACAAGGGUGCUUGCAAAAUCAGGUGGCAGCAAGUACGUGCCUUUUGAGGACAUAGACAAAGCACCGGAGGAACGCGCCCGCGGCAUCACGAUCAGCAUCGCCCACAUCGGCUACGAAAGCUCUAUGCGUCAUUACGCACACACCGACUGCCCUGGCCAUCGGGAUUUCAUCAAGAACAUGAUCUGUGGUGCGUCUCAGAUGGAUGCCGCAAUUCUUGUGAUGGAUGCCUCGGAGGGCGUGAUGCCGCAAACCAGGGAACACCUGAUGCUGGCGAAGCAGUUCGGAGUCGAUAAAAUAGUCGUGUUCGUGAACAAGGCCGAAACGGCGGACGCCGAAAUGCUGGACCUGGUUCAGAUAGAAAUCCGAGAGACGCUUUCGGAGUACGGUUUCGACGGUAACGAAACACCGCUGAUCUGCGGUUCCGCUUUGCUGGCACUGCACGACGAUCAGUCAGAGUUUGGAGAGCAAUCAAUUAGGAAGCUGAUCGAUGCCUUGGACAAGUUGGACGAACCUCAGCGAGCGAUCGACGCCCCGUUGCUAAUGCCGAUUUCGUCCAGUGUGUCCAUUACCGGUCGAGGAACGGUGAUCAUUGGCACCUUGGAGCAGGGAAUGCUGAAGAAGGGAGAUAAGGUCGAACUGGUUGGUAGCGGUAAAGUGCUGACCACCACCGUCAGUGAUAUCCAUGUGUUUAAAAAGUCAGUGCCAGAGGUGAAGGCCGGCGACCACGUCGGUGUGUUGUGCCGGAAAAUACCUGCCGACAACGUUCAUCGCGGAAUGUGGCUGGUGGCUCCCCACAGCGUGCAGCUGUACAAUCACUUUGCCGGCCAGGGCUAUUUCUUUACCGAAGCCGAGUGUGGCUGUCGGUUCCCCGCUAUUCGGACGGGUUUUACGCAAAAACUUAUGUGUACCACGUGGCAUCAAACGAGUAGGCUAAUUCUGGACAAAUCGAAAGACAUGGUAAUGCAAGGGGACCAUUUCGCUCUGUCCGUGGUCAUGCAGCGGCCGAUGCCGCUCAAGGAAGGUCUUCACUUUACCAUUCUAGAAGGUACGUCGACUAUGAUUAGCGGAAAAGUGACGAAACUGCUGCCAACCAUUAAGAACAUUUUGUCACUUAAGGAUUUGAAGACAAUUCGUACUUCGAGUUCAUGA